AUGAAACCGCUCUAUGAGUUUUUUCUGUGGCUGUUUCCUGCCAUCCUCAAUAUUGCCAGCAACGCGCACAUCAGCACCAACGCGACCUGUGGGGAGCGAGGGCCUGAGAUGUCCUGCAAGCUUGUGGAGCACGUGCCUGGUCGACCCGUGCGCAAUGCCCAGUGCCGGAUCUGUGAUGCCAACAGCGCCAACCCCAAAGAACGCCAUCCAAUAUCAAAUGCAAUCGACGGGACCAAUAACUGGUGGCAAAGUCCCAGUAUUCAAAACGGUAGAGAAUAUCACUGGGUUACAAUCACUCUGGACCUAAGACAGGUCUUUCAAGUUGCCUACAUCAUCAUCAAAGCUGCUAACGCCCCUCGACCUGGAAACUGGAUUUUGGAGCGUUCUCUGGACGGCACCACGUUCAGCCCCUGGCAGUAUUAUGCAGUUAGUGACACAGAGUGUUUGACGCGUUACAAUAUCACUCCAAGACGGGGACCUCCCACCUACAGGGCGGAUGACGAAGUGAUCUGCACCUCCUACUAUUCUAGACUGGUGCCGCUUGAGCAUGGAGAGAUUCAUACAUCACUGAUCAAUGGCAGACCAAGCGCUGACGAUCUUUCACCCAAGUUGUUGGAGUUUACUUCCGCACGAUACAUUCGCCUUCGCUUACAGCGCAUUAGAACCCUCAACGCCGAUCUCAUGACCCUCAGCCACCGUGACCCUAAAGACCUUGAUCCUAUUGUUACAAGACGAAAACUACAGUGUCAGUGUGAGCAUAACACCUGCGGAGAGGGCUGCAGUAGGUGUUGUCCGGGCUACCACCAGCAGCCCUGGCGGCCCGGCACCAUUUCUGCUGGGAACACAUGUGAAAAAUGUAAUUGUCACAAUAAAACUCAAGACUGUUACUUUGAUGAAAGUGUUGCAAAUCAGAGGAGAAGUUUGAAUACUGCUGGACAGUUCCGAGGAGGAGGGGUUUGCAUCAGUUGCGGGCAGAACACCAUGGGUAUCAAUUGCGAAACCUGUAUUGAUGGAUAUUAUAGACCAUACAAGGGAAGCGGCCCGGUCAAUGUCCAUGCAAGGAAGGCUAUGCAGGAGAAAAAUGUGAUCGCUGCCAAUUUGGUUACAAGGCUUACCCAGCCUGCGUCCGCUGAAAAUGUUGAGGGAGACAAUUGUGACCUCUGCAAGCCAGGAUUCUAUAACUUGAAGGAGAGAAACCCCGAGGGCUGCUCAGAGUGCUUCUGCUUUGGCGUUUCUGACGUCUGCGACAGCCUUUCUUGGUCCAUCAGUCAGGUGAAAGAUAUGUCUGGGUGGCUGGUCACCGACCUGAUCAGUCCAAGCAAGAUCCUGUCUCAGCAAGAUGCGCUGGGUGGGCGUCAUCGGAUUAGCAUCAACAACACGGUGGUCCUGCAGAGGCUGACUUCCAAGUAUUACUGGUUGGCCCCAGAGGCCUACCUUGGAAAUAAGCUGACUGCGUUUGGUGGCUUCCUCAAGUACACGGUGUCUUAUGAUGUUCCCGUGGAGAUGGUGGAUGGGGACCUCAUGUCUCACGCUGAUGUCAUCAUUAAGGGAAAUGGACUCACUUUAAGCACCCAGGCUGAGGGCCUGGCAUUACAACCAUAUGAAGAGUACUUGAACGUGGUCAGACUUGUGCCGGAGAACUUUCGAGAUUUUAAUAACAAAAGGGAGAUAGAUCGCGACCAGCUGAUGACUGUCCUUGCCAACGUGACACAUCUCUUGAUCAGAGCCAACUACAAUUCUGCAAAAAUGGCUCUUUACAGGUUGGAUUCUGUCUCUUUGGAUACAGCCAGCCCUAAUGUUAUAGACCUGGCGCUGGCCACUGAGGUGGAACACUGCGAAUGUCCCCAAGGCUACGCAGGGAUCUCCUGUGAGUCCUGCCUCCCUGGCUAUUACCGCGUGGAUGGAAUACUCUUUGGAGGAAUUUGUCAACCCUGUGAAUGCCACGGCCAUGCAGCUGAAUGUGAUAUUCAUGGCGUUUGCUUUGCUUGCGAGCAUAACACCAUCGGGGACCACUGUGAGCAGUGUGCACCCGGCUUCUAUGGGCUGCCUUCCCGAGGGACCCUGGAGGACUGCCAGCGGUGUGCCUGCCCCCUCUCCACAGCCUCCAACAAAUGCGCAGACGGUUACUACGGAAACCCAACAGUGCCCGGGGAAUCCUGUGUUCCGUGCAACUGCAAUGGCAACGUGGACCCCUCUGAGGAGGGUCACUGUGACUCCGUCACCGGAGAGUGCCUGAAAUGCAUUGGGAACACAGAUGGCGCCCACUGCGAGAGGUGUGCUGAUGGCUUCUACGGGGACGCCGUGACUGCCAAAAAUUGCCGCGGAGCCAUUAAAUUGUAUCACUUCGCAAAGGUGGGGGGCUUUGUAGUUUUGAACAUCAGUCUUAUGACUGUAGAUAAAACUGAAAUGUUUGACCUGAAGCCUGGCUAUUACGGGCUGGAUGCGGGGCCUGGGUGCCUGCCCUGUAACUGCAGCACGUCAGGCUCCUUGUCAAAUGACUGCACCGAGGAAGGCCGGUGUCACUGCGUCCCGGGCGUAGCUGGGGAGAAGUGCGACAGGUGUGCACGUGGCUUCCACGCCUACCAGGAUGGUGGCUGUACACCCUGUGACUGCGCUCACACACAGCACACUUGUCACCCGGAAUCGGGGGAGUGUAUCUGCCCUCCUCAUACUCGGGGCGCCACCUGUGACGAAUGUGAGGCCGGAUACUGGGGCCACGACCUAGAGCUUGGAUGCCAGGCCUGCAACUGCAGUGGUGCUGGGUCUACCGGUCAUGGAUGCGAUGUGCUCACUGGCCACUGCCGAUGCAAGCCUGCCUUCGGUGGCCCAGGCUGUCAUCAGUGCUCCCUGGGGUACAGACACUUUCCAGACUGUGUGGCCUGUGACUGUGACCCGCGAGGGACAUUGGCAGACACCUGUGAUGAGGAACAGGGUCUGUGCAGCUGUGCAGAGGAAACCGGCAGCUGCUCUUGCAAGGAAAAUGUGUUCGGUCUUCAUUGCAGCGAAUGUCGAGCUGGUACCUAUGCCCUCCGUGCGGAUGACCCUCUGGGAUGUAGCCCCUGCUUCUGCUUUGGGCUGUCACAAGUCUGCUCAGAGCUGGAGGGUUAUGUGAGGACGCCGGUAACGCUGGGCUCAGGGCAGCCCCUCCUGCGUGUGGUUUCUCAGAGCAACCUCCAGGGUACGGCUGAGGGGGUGUAUUACCAGGCCCCUGACAUCCUCCUGGACGCUGUGACCGUCAGGCAACAUGUCCACGCAGAGCCGUUUUACUGGCGGCUGCCAGAGCAGUUCCAGGGAGACCAGCUCCUGGCCUACGGUGGCAGUCUGAAAUACAGCGUGGCCUUCUAUUCUUCCGACGGCAUCGGCACCUUCAACCUUGAGCCCCAAGUGUUCAUCAAAGGGGGCCGGACCAGAAAGCAGGUCAUUUAUGUGGACAUGCCCUCCCCAGAGAACGGAGUACGACAAGAGCAGGAAGUGGGAAUGAAAGAGACUUUUUGGAAGUAUUUUAACUCCGUUUCUGAAAAACCUGUCACACGCUCCGAUUUUAUGUCUGUUCUUAGCAACAUUGAGUACAUCCUCAUCAAAGCAUCUUAUGGUCAAGGAUUACAGCAAAGCAGGACUGUGCACCUGGUUAUCGCAGGGGGAAGCUCCUGCAAGGCGCGAGCCGAGGACGCCGUCCUCUGCUUGCCCCUUGUGUGCCCUGCAAUUGCAACAACCACAGUGAUGUCUGUGACCCUGAAACUGGGAAGUGUCUGUUUUAGCCCCACUUGCGUCCUGGAAGGCCAUGCCGAUUUCCGCUGUGACGCCUGCGUUCUGGGCUACGAAGGACAGUACUGCGAAAGGUGCUCCUCAGGCUAUCACGGGAACCCUCGAGCGCCGGGUGGCACUUGCCAGAGGUGUGACUGCAGCCCGCGUGGCUCUGUGCACGGGGACUGUGACCGCAGGUCUGGUCAGUGCAUCUGCAGGCCGGGUGCCACGGGGCUCCGAUGCGAGGAAUGCGAACCGAGGCACAUUCUGCUGGAAGGCGAUUGUGUUUCUUGUGAUGAUGAGUGUGUAGGCGUGCUGCUGAAUGGCUUAGGGGAUGUUGGUGACACCAUCCUUUCUGUGAACCUCUCCGGUGUUAUCCCUAUUCCGUAUGGAAUUUUGUCAACCCUGGAAAAUACAACGAAAUCUCUCCGGGAAGCUUUAUUAAAAGAAAAUCCACAGAAGGAACUGGCAAAAGAUCAGCUUGAAGGUGUUGCAGAACAAACAGACAAUCUGCUAGGGGAGAUGUUUGUGCCAGGUGCAGGAGAUGCUGAGGUAAACGUGGCAACCCCAGCCCUUAUGAGUUUACGGACACUGGGGCAGACCAACAUUAAAUCUACCAGUAACCUCAAGUCCAUGAAAAUUAUUGAAAAAGCAGCAACUCUAAAUCAGACCUUGGAUGAAGACUUCCAGCUACCCAGUUCUACUCUUCAGAAUGUGCAAAAGAAUAUUACAUCUUUGCUGGAAAUCAUACAGAAAAGACAUUUCAUGCAGUUGCACCAAAAUGCUAUACUAGAACUCAAGGCUGCUGAAGCUUUAUUGUCACAAAUUCAGAAGAAUUACCAGAAGCCACAGAGAGAGUUGGAGGUCUUAAAAGCAGCAGCAAGCAGCCUCCUCUCAGAACACACCAGUGAGCUGCAGACAGCGGGCGACCUCGUGAGGGAAGCCGAGGUGAAGGCCCGGGAGAGCGACCACCUGGUGCGCACUGCCCGGGCCAACCUGCAAGAAUUCCGCGAAAAGAAGCUACGUGUUCAAGAAGAACAAAACUUGACCUCGACGCUAAUUGCCAGAGGGAGAAGAUUGCUAGAGGCUGUCCGUGCCCGUGCAGCGGCGGCACAGAAUGCUCUGGCACAGUUAGAGCGUCACCGGGAUGAGCUGCUUCUAUGGACUGCCAAAAUCAGGCACCACGUAGAUGAUCUGGUCAUGCAGAUGUCCAAAAGAAAAGCACUUGACCUUGUCUACAGAGCAGAGGACCAUGCAGCUAAGCUCCAGAGACUGGCAGGUGCUCUGGACAGUGGCCUUGGCGGCGUUAGACACGUGUCCCUGAAUGCCACCAGCGCAACCCACGUCCAUUCCAACAUUCGGAGCCUGAUUGAAGAAUCAGAGAAAGUGGCAAAAGAUGCUCUCAAGACAGUGUCUAUGGCGAGCCUGUUCUCAGAAUCCCUCGUUUCUAAUGGGAAAGUGGCUCUCCAGCGCAGUUCCAGAUUUCUAAAAGAAGGCAACAGCCUGAGCAGAAAGCAUCAAGGUAUCACAUUGAAACUGAGUGAAUUGAAAAAUACAGCAAACAGAUUUCAAGAGAAUGCUGAUACAAUUACUACGCGGACCAAUGAAUCACUCUUAAUACUCAGAACAAUUCCUGGAGGUGUCAGAGACAGAGGAACCAAAGUCAAAGAGCUGGCCACAUCUGCAAAUCAGAGCGCAGCAAGCACUCUAAAGAAUGUCGUGGGAUUGAGCCAGAAGCUGCUGAAUACAUCCACUGACCUGUCCAGGGUUAACGCCACCUUACGAGAAACCAACAGACUUCUCCAGGACUCCUCAAUGACCGCUCUGCUAGCUGGAAGAAGAGUGAAAGAUGCAGAAAUACAAGCCAGCCUUUUAUUUGAUCGGUUGAAGCCUCUGAAGAUAUUAGAAGAGAACCUGAACAGAAACCUAUCAGAAAUCAAACUGCUCAUCAGCCAGGCGCGCAAGCAAGCAGCUUCUAUUAAAGUCGCCGUGUCUGCAGACAGAGACUGUAUCCGGGCCUACCAGCCUCCGAUUUCUUCUGCUAACUAUAACACCUUAAGGCUAAAUGUUAAGACAAAUGAACCUGAUAACCUUCUCUUCUACCUCGGGAGCAGCACCAAUGCUACUGGUGACCCCCAUCGUGCAAACAGUCGGCACGUAAACUCAUCCCAGCUCAUGCCCGCACCCCAGUCUGAUUUCUUGGCAGUGGAGAUGCGGCGAGGGAAGGUGGCCUUUCUCUGGGAUAUGGGCUCCGGGUCAACGCGGUUGGAAUUUCCAGACUUCCCGAUUGACAACAACAAAUGGCACAGUAUCUAUGUAACCAGAUUUGGAAACAUCGGUUCGUUGAGUGUAAAGGAAAUGAGCGCAACUCAAAAGCCACCAACAAAAACAAGUAAAUCCCCUGGAACAGCGAAUGUUCUGGAUAUAAACAACUCAACGCUCAUGUUUGUUGGAGGGCUUGGAGGACAGAUCAAGAAGUCUCCCGCUGUGAAGGUUACUCAUUUUAAAGGCUGCAUGGGAGAGGCCUUCCUGAACGGACAGUCCAUCGGCCUGUGGAACUAUAUUGAACGGGAGGGCAAGUGCCAUGGCUGCUUUGGAAGGAGAGACAACUGUGGAAGCACAGAGGCGGGUGUCUGCGCUGCGGCGAGCGGAGGCACGGGUGGAACGGCUCCGGAGGCCCGGGGCCCAGGCAGCACCCCGCUCACUGUCGUGCAGCGGCCCCGAGUGCUGAUGGGUAGUGUGGCAGGCGUGACGCCCCGGCGUGGCAGCCGGCGUCAGAGGCUUGGAAUCCUAGCAGUUAUUGAUGCAUAUAACACCAGUUAUAGAGAAACCAAGCAAGGUGAAACUCCAGGAGCAUCUUCUGACCUCAAUCGUCUAGAUAAAGAUCCAAUUUAUGUGGGUGGAUUACCUAGGUCAAGAGUUGUAAGGAAAGGCAUCACCAGCAAAAGCUAUGUGGGCUGUAUCAAAAACCUGGAAAUAUCCAGAUCAACCUUUGAUUUACACAGAAAUUCCUAUGGAGUGAGAAAAGGCUGUACACUGGAGCCUAUCCGAAGUGUUAGCUUCUUGAAAGGCGGCUACAUUGAACUGUCACCCAAGUCUUUGUCACCAGAAUCGGAAUUGUUGGUCACAUUUGCCACCAAGAACAGCAGUGGCAUCAUCCUGGCUGCCCUGGGCAGGCAGCGGGAGAAGCAGGGUCAUCUGCAGGCCCAUGGGAGCAUAGAUGAUAUUUACCCUUUCCUGCGCUCAAACUUGCCUAUAUCAUGUAAUCUGAAGGGGCUUGACCAGGCGCUAAUUAAGGAAGCAGAAGUCACGUCAGCGCCACCCGCAGCGCGCUGUCCUCUGCCGCGCACGAGACCGCGCAGAUACUGCUGCGUGAUUAUCACACCCACACACGGCGAACGCUGCUUCCUACGUUUUGCUGAGGAAGAAACGGGUUCAGAGAACCUUGUUAACCUGCCCAAGCAACCUUCCCAGCCAUUCUUUUCCAUCAUGCUGAUUGAAGGCCACAUUGAAGUGCAUGUUAACUCUGGCGAUGGAACAAGCCUGAGAAGAGCUCUCCUGCGUGCUCCCAAGGGCACAUAUGGCGAUGGACAAGAGCAUUCCAUUUCCUUGAUAAGGACCGGGAGAGUUAUCACUGUCCAAAUGGAUGAGAUGAAUCCUGUAGAAAUGAAGUUGGGCCCCUCAGCAGAAAGGACAAUAAAUGUAUCCAAGCUGUACAUAGGGGGGAUUCCAGAGGGGGAGGGGACAUCAGUGCUCAAGAUGAGAAGAUCGUUGCAUGGCUGUAUCAAAAACCUGAUCUUUGACAUGGAACAUUUGGAUUUCACGAGUGCGGCUGGCAAUGAACAGGUGGACUUGGAUGCCUGCUUGCUUUCAGAAAGGCCAAAGCCGGCUCUUGACAGAGAAGACAGUGAGCUCCUGCCACAGCCCCAGCCUUUACCAAGUCUGGAACGGUGUGCUGUGGACAGAGCCCCAGAGUAUAUCCCCCGUGCUCACCAGUUUGGUCUCAUGCAAAGCAGCCAUUUCGUGUUGCCUUUCAAUCAGCUGGCUGUCAGAAAGAGGCUCUCAGUUCAGCUAAGUAUCCGAACAUUUGCCUCCAGCGGUCUGAUUUACUACAUGGCUCAUCAGAACCAAGUUGAUUAUGCCACGCUCCAGCUACAUGGGGGCCACCUUCACUUCCUGUUUGAUCUUGGGAAAGGCAGAACGAAGGUCUCCCACCCUGCACUGAUCAGUGAUGGCAGGUGGCACACGGUCAAGACAGAGCACUUUAAAAGAAAGGGCUUCAUAACGGUCGACGGCCAGGAAUCCCCCAUGGUGACUGCUGUGGGAGAUGGGACCAUGUUGGAUGUGGAAGGAAAGCUGUAUCUCGGGGGCCUUCCCCCUGAGCACAGGGCCAGGAACGUUGGGAAUGUCACCCACAGUGUCCCCGCCUGCAUUGGGGAGGUGACAGUGAAUGGCAGACAGCUGGACAAGGACAGCCCAGUGUCUGCAUUUGCAGUAACCAGGUGCUAUACAGUGGCCCAGGAAGGAACCUUCUUUGAAGGAAGGGGAUAUGCAGCUCUUGUCAAGGAAGGCUACAAAGUCCGAUCAGAUGUAAACAUCUCACUGGAAUUUCGUACCACCUCUGAGAACGGUGUCCUCCUGGGGAUCAGCAGCGCCAAAGUAGAUGCCAUUGGAUUAGAGAUUGUAAAUGGCAAGACCCACCCGCCGGGGGGUUAUAGCCCCAUCGACUACAAGCGGAACCUCCCUCGUCGGGGACUGUCGGGCUUGCAGAUUGAGGACUUCGAGGCCCGCAUCGUGCUGAUGCCACUGUUGCAGGCAGAGAAGGACCGGAGGGUCUUGCAGAUGCUUCGAGAGAACCUGGAGGAGGAGGCCAUCAUCAUGAAGGAUGUGCCUGACUAGAAGGUGGGUGAGUCUGUGUUCCACACAACGCGCUGGGUGACUCCCAUGAUGGGCGAGCUCUAUGGGCUGUGCACAAAUGAGGAGAUUCUCAACGCCACCUACGGCUUCAUGUGGUACACGUAGGGGUCUGCUCCCCUCUGACCACUUGGACCCCCUACACCCUCCCCACUGGGAAAGAAUAAAUGCUCUGGAGACCUG